UUGAGUAACUCCGAUAGUCCUGGUAUGAUACUUGUCUCGUAUCAAUUAACCGGUAACAAUUUUCUAUCCUGGAAGAGAUCUAUGAUGAUUGCCUUAGGAGCUAAAACAAAGCUUGGAUUCAUCAAUGGUGAAGUUACGAAACCUAGUCCAAAUGAUUCAAAUUUUGUGGCGUGGAGAAAGGUGGACUGGAUGGUGUUUUCAUGGAUAUUAAACUCAGUCUCAAAGGAUAUAGCAGAUUCAUUUCUAUAUGCAGAAAGUUCUAAGGAGCUGUGGGAGGAGAUUUGUCAACGUUAUGGAGAGAGUAAUGGACCGAUGAAGUAUAAGUUGCAGAGAGAAAUCACAAGCUUAACACAAGUCUUCACUGCACAUGCUCCCUUAGCUCUCAAGCUCAUAUUCCAAAUGAUGGCUCAACAUGAGGCUGAGACUAAGCUGAUACAGUUCCUAAUGGGGUUAAAUGACAGCUUUGACAAUACCAGAAAUCAAAUGCUGUUGGUUGAACCCUUACCAACUAUAAGUAAGGCCUUCUCCAUGAUCUUAACUGCAGAAAGGCAGAGAAGUGUACAAAAUACAUAUGGGGAAAGGAUAGAUAAUGUUGCAAUGAUGGCAAAAACUGGUGGAGUAGGAAGGGGCCAAGGGAGAGGAAACAUGGGAGGAAGAGGUGGUUUGAAUGGAAAUCAAUGGAAUACAGGAAGAGGUAGGGGUGGUGCCAGAUUAACCAAGGAGGAGAAGGCAAAGCUGCAUUGUGAAAAAUGUGGGAUGAAUG